AUGACCCAGCGCUCGAAGCGACGGACCAGUUCGGGGUCUCGAGCCCUCCAAGAGAAGGGGCUGCAGCGCCAGGAGCCCGGAACGCGGACUGGCAGAGGGGAACGUCGGGGUCGUGUAGGGUGCCUGGCUCAGCGAGACGCCGGCGAGAAGGAAGAGGAGGCGAGAGCAGCAACUCCAGAGCCGAGAGACCGCGUCCCGGGACGGACUGCCUUUUCUUUAAUUGAUACAAUAGCCCAGCUCGGGUUUUCACCUCCUCCCCCAUCCAUCCCCACCCUGCCUCACCCCUCCCGCCGGCCCGCGGCUGCCGCCGCCCCAGCGCCCGCCCGGGGCUCUGUGGCCGGCUGCGCGCCGUCGUCCCGGCCGCGCUCCGCCCGCUGCUCACCCGCGCUCCGGCCGCCGCCGCGCGCGCCGCGCCUCUCCCGCAGCGCCCGCCUCGGGGGUGCAGCGGCGUCUGAGCGACUCGGGCUCACCGCCCCGGGCAGCCCAGGGACUCUGGGCUCCUGCCUCGCCGCUCGCCUUACGCCCGAGCGCCUUCUCCCUCGUCCCCAAAGUUUCUGGGUUUGUUGGAAUUUGGGGAUUCAGGUUUUUUUUUCCUCCCUUUUUUCACCUAGGAAUUUGAGGGCGAAACUUGACAAAUCGACCGCACUUUCUCCGCUAGCUCUCAGUCCACCCCCGUCUUUUUCUUUUUCUUUUUUUUUAAACCCCCGAGCAGAAGAAGGGGCUUACGAGGGGUGGGGGGCGAGGCUCCCGUUGGAUAAAGUUUUCCAAAGUUUUCCGAGUGUGAUGGUUGCGGAGAGGCUAAUCCACCAGCUGAUUCACGGCUUCAUCCCAUCACCCCACUGA